AUCUCUCCAUUCAAUUUGAUAAGACCAUGGUAUGAAUGUAAUUGUUAAGAGGUCAAGGGGGGAAAAAGUGCUUAUAGGCAAAUUUUGCUCUUAGGAGCUAUAUUAGUGUGGUUUGGUACUGGGCAAGUUUCUGAUGUUCUCAAACCAAUUAGCAUGCAGGAAGAAAAUGGUGACUAGAUGUACGGUUAUGAAGAAGUAAUUAUUUGCUUCUCCAAUUUCCCAAAUCCUAUAAAAAAUUAAUUUGAUUGAAAUGUGAACAUUUCAAAUUUGAAAGCUGUUAUUUUUGAGCUAGUUUGUGAAUAGUUAUGUGGGGGGAAAAGGGAGUUUUGCCAUGGGAUGUCUGCAAAAGAUUUGAGAUUUUUUUUUUUUUUCAAUGUUCUCUGUUUUGGCAAUAAACUCAGUCAUAAAUAUAUGCAUACCUCGGCUGGAUAGCUUUUGGGAAGUCUUUAUUCCUACUUUUUUUUUUCUGCUCCCAGAAAUACUCUUCUUGAUUCCUGCACCCAAAAUUGAAAUCUACCACUGAAAUCAACAAAGAAAGAAAUGAUAAAGUUUUUUCUUAUGGUUAACAAACAAGGUCAAACAAGACUGUCCAGAUAUUAUGAGCAUGUAGAAAUUAAUAAACGGACAAUGCUGGAAGCUGAAGUAAUCAAAAACUGUCUCUCCCGUUCAAAGGAUGAGUGCUCUUUCAUUGAGUAUAAGGACUUCAAGCUGGUGUACCGACAGUAUGCAGCCCUUUUCAUAGUUGUUGGCAUCGACCAGACAGAGAAUGAGAUGGCAGUAUAUGAACUAAUUCAUAAUUUUGUGGAAGUUUUGGACAAUUACUUCAGCAGAGUGAGUGAAUUAGAUAUCAUGUUCAACUUGGACAGAGUGCACAUCAUUUUGGAUGAAAUGGUGCUAAAUGGUUGCAUUGUGGAAACGAACCGGAACAGAAUUCUCGCCCCUCUGUUUGUGCUUGACAAAGUGGCAGAAGGCUAGGAAGAUGCAAGCGUGACUAAGGCAUUUUACAAAACAUAGCAAAAGCAUCAAGAAUGUGCCUGUAGCAGUUUUCUGCUGUUGCAAGACUGACUCAUGGAACACUCAAAUUAUUUGGAAAACAUUUUCCAUUUUUCUUAUACUGUGUACCCAGUGGGAAAGAUACAGCUAAACAUGUGGGUGCAUUCAGUUGCAGCUUCACUGACCCAGCAGAAAUUUUCCUAGAGUGGUCAAUAAUUUUAAAACAUUUGAGGAUGAAGAAAUGGAAA